GCCGGAGUCACGUUUGGGAGCCGACAGACGCCAGCGGUUCCCGGCGGCCGGAGUCCGCGCCGGUGAGAGCACCAGGCUAGCCGCACCCCGGCCGAGGAACCUCUUUCUGGAACUGUAAAAAACAAAGGGAAGAAUCAUGUCGAUGAUUGCAGCAUACUAUGCGAACAAGUCCAUCCUCAUCACCGGGGCCACCGGUUUCAUGGGCAAGGUGUUGAUGGAGAAGCUUCUGCGCACCAGCCCUGAUCUGAAGGUCAUCUACAUCCUCAUGAGGCCCAAGGCAGGCCAGACCCUGGAGCAGAGGAUGCUUCAGAUGCUAAAUAGUAAGCUGUUUGAAAAAGUCAAAGAGGUUUGUCCAAACAUUCAUGAGAAGAUCAGACCUAUCUAUGCCGACCUCGAUCAGAAUGACCUGGCCAUCAGCAAGGAGGACAUGCAGGAGCUUCUGUCCUGCACCAACAUCAUCUUCCACUGCGCAGCCACCGUGCGCUUUGACGACCCCUUGAGACAUGCCGUGCAGCUGAAUGUGACCGCCACGCAGCAGCUCUUGCUCAUAGCCAGCCAGAUGCCAAAGCUUGAGGUCUUCGUGCACAUCUCCACUGCCUUUGCCAACUGUAACCUGAAACACAUUGAUGAAGUUGUCUAUCCCUGCAAGGUGGAGCCCAAGAAAAUCAUCGACUCCAUGCAAUGGCUAGAUGAUGCUAUUAUCGAUGAGAUCACACCCAAGCUGAUCGGGGACCGGCCCAACACCUACACCUACACCAAGGCCUUGGGAGAGGUGGUGGUGCAGCAGGAGAGCGAGAACCUCAACAUCGCCAUCGUCAGGCCCUCCAUCGUGGGAGCCACCUGGCAGGAGCCCUUUCCGGGUUGGGUUGAUAACUUAAAUGGACCCAGUGGACUCAUUAUUGCGGCCGGGAAAGGGCUACUUCGGGCUAUAAAAGCGGCUCCAUUGGCAGUGGCGGAUUUAAUUCCAGUUGAUACGGUUGUCAACCUUACCUUGGCCGUGGGAUGGUACACAGCAAUUCACAGACCUAAGUCAACAUUAAUCUACCACUGUACGUCUGGUAGCCUCAAUCCCUGUAACUGGGGCAAGAUGGGACUCCAAAUCAUGGCAAGCUUUGAAAAAAUCCCAUUUGAAAAACCUUUUAGGAGGCCAAAUGCUGACUUUGCAAGCAGCAGCUUCACAUUCCAGUGCUGGAACGCAGUCAGCCACUGGGCUCCUGUGAUCAUCUACGACUUCUACCUGCAGCUUACAGGAAGGAAGCCCAGGUUCACAAAGCUCAUGAAUCGCCUCUUAAGGACCACGUCCAUGUUGGAGUAUUUCAUCAACCACAGCUGGGAAUGGAGCACCUCCAACACAGACAUGCUAAUGCUGGAGCUCAGUCCGGAAGACCAGAGGGUAUUCAACUUUGAUAUACGCCAGUUGAACUGGCUGGACUACAUUGAAAAUUAUGUGAUAGGAAUUAAGAAGUACUUACUGAAAGAAGAUAUGUCUGGUAUCCCAAAAGCAAGACAACAAUUAAAAAAGCUACGAAAUAUCCGCUACUUCUUUAACACUGUGCUCUUCCUCAUCACCUGGCGCCUUCUCAUCGCAAGAUCUCAGAUGGCUCGGAAUGUCUGGCUCUUCAUUGUAAGCUUCUGUUACAAAUUCCUCUCCUACUUUAAGGCAUCCAUCACAUUCAAAGCAUAAACAUUCUACAGUCUGCUUUCGUCCGGAACCUCUCAGAUACCUCUAAAACAGCAAACUUCAGUUCUCAAGAUUAGGAAUAAUCAAGAACAUGCCCCAGCUCCUCGCCUGGCCAACAUGCUGCCAUGUGGUCAUCCCUUUUACUUUCAUUGAGAAAAAGAAAGUUGUAACCUAGCAUAUAAUCAUGCACAAUUUUGGAAAAAUUAUUCUUCCCUUUCAUAUAAAAUAGCAACGUACACCCCCUUUCUGUGGUCAUCUUUUCUUUCCUCCUGCACAGCAUUAAUUUCGACACAAUAAACCUGGAAGAACACAUUGCAUAAGCUAAGGAAUGGCAGUUCUGAUCUGGGAGCCCUUCUGUGAUAUCCAGCGUAAAGAUUUAAAAUCAAAACCGAGGAAGAAUGACCUUAGAAUUGCCAUCAGAAAUGUAAUUCUUCCCUGAAAAGUCUCAGCUUCAAUUCUGUGUUACACCAUGGAGUCCUGGUUGAGGGGUGCAGAAUUAGCAAAGUGGGUUCACAUUCAACAUUACGCUUAAGGAUACCCAACUUGAAACCCAAAAAGAACCAAGAGGUGUAAAUAAUUAUAUAUAGGAGAAAGACCCACACAUAUUUGCAUUGGAACUCUAGCCUAUUGACAACUAUCAUUUCUAAAUCUUUUGACUCCACAGUUACCCUUCUCUCAAGUUUCCUGCUUGUUUCCUCAUUUUGUUCAGUCCUCGAUUACAGUGAUUAAUGGGAGAGAAAGGUAAAGGCUAUAAUCAUACAAAACCCAGUCCUCUGGCUUUGCUGUGAGAAAAAAAGAAAUCCACCAAAAAAAAAGAAAAGAAAAUACUAGCUUUAGUCUUUUUGUAUAAAGUGAGGAAGAUUAUUCUUCUGUGAUCACCAAAAUAUGUUACUAUGUCAUUCCAACCGCACAAUGUAAAUAGUACAAUGUAGAGCAAAAGACACUUAAGUGACUAAGCUAAAGAAUAGGUGUUGUUUCAUUUGUUCAAAAGUAUUUUCUGUAUAAUGGAAAUGAAUUAGUAAAAUAAAUAUUUAUUCUCAAGUUCCUAUAUUAAUAUUUCCCCAACUUUCCUCACAUUUAAGAUCGGUGCAUGUAGGAUUUCACCAGUUCAUGUUACAACAAAAUUUCCAAACACACUACCUGAAGCCUAAGCAACGAAAAAUAACACAACUAUUAGAAAAUUACAAGCAUAUUAAUGGUCAUUAUAUUUAUGCUCACUUUCUGGAAUAACAGUACUCAGACAGGUACAUUUGGAUACUUGAAAUGUACAGGCCUUGAGAGAAGUUUCUAGCCUAGUUAUUACUUGAGAUUUUUCUAAACUCAUUAAGGGCAUUUUUGAAAGAACACUACCGGGCAGUGUCUUUCUCAAUCUCAUCCAAAUUCUGAAAACGACUUUCCAGGACAGCUAGCCCAGCUGUGUAACAAAGCCCUGGGUGAUCUUUAGUUUGCAAUGUCUACAUAAUACUUGUAAGUUACACUGAUUAAAAUAUUACAACUAUGAAAACAAAAUACAAUUAAAUGAAAAUGGGUAAAAUAUAAUUCUAAGAAUGUACUCUUUUCAUUAUUGUAUGCGUACAAUUCAGCGCACUGUAUUGAAUUGUAUUUGAUUAUUGUGUUUCAGUCAUUCAAUAAAUUCCACUGAUCAAGUGUUCACAU